CUCUUAGAGAAGAAAUAAGGAAGGAGUUGAUCUUGUAAGGUGAUGGUCUAACAACUGGAAUAUCCUCUUAUCUCAAUUUAAAAAAAAAAAAAAAAAAAAAAAUGAAAGAUGAAAUUGCUGCCACAGUUGUCUUCAUCACAAGGUUGGUGAAAAAACAAGACAAACUGAGCAAGCAUACAACUGAGAAAUUUGCUGCUAAGUUGACGACAAUCCUGUUUGAAAAGUAUAAGAACCACUGGUACCUAGACAACCCAUCUAAAGGACAAGCCUUCAGGUGUAUAAGGAUAAACCAACACCAGUCGAGAGAUCCCAUCCUGGAACAGGCUUGUGCUGAGAGCAAUGUGGACUUUGAGAAGCUCUGUUUGCCACCAGAAAUGACCAUAUGGGUUGAUCCAUUUGAUGUGUGCUGCAGGUAUGGUGAGAAAAAUUUGCCUUUCACAAUUGCUCACUUUGAAGGAGAGGAGGACCGAGAACUCUCCCAGCGCAUCAGCCAGGCUGUUGAUCGAGCAACACCAGAAUAUCUUUCUGGUGCCUCCUCAGAUGAGGAGGGCUAUCGCAAGGAGCCCAAAGCCAUCCCUAUGGUCAGCAAUCCAAACAGUGUCUACCAGUUCAGUGACUACUGCAAGCUACCCAUGCAGUCAUGGUCCCAGUAUCUCCGUAGGAAGACCUAUGUGACUGACAGCCUUCAUCUGGCAAGUGCUUGCUUCCCCCAACACAAGGGCUACAAAGUCUACAAGCCAAUGGCUGCCUUCACUGGACCGCGUGUGGAUCGGUAUCACUGGGUCAACACCAAGCGAUAAGGCAAUUGCUGCAACGCUCGUGGGCCAUAAUGGACUGGGCUGUGUAUGGGAGGAAACCUGUACGAACCAAAAAGCACUCAACUUUCUUUAUCUUCUCCUGUCUCUCUUUUAUACUUCUCCUUUUUUUUUUUUUUUAUAUUCCUGAGACUUCAAGAUUUUUAUAAUUAAGCUAAGCUUUUAAUGUAUUUUUUAUAAUGUCAAGAGAUUCUGAAAACUAACUUGCAAAACUCUAUUUGUAACUUUAAAAAGGAAAUGCUAAUACCAAUAAAUAAACUUAGCUGUGCUUUUAGAAAGUGUUGUCUGACUUGCCACCAAGUGUCUAAAGGAUGAAAGCCAAAAAAAAAAGCAAGUGCCAGCAGCUCUCAGUUGGAGCAUGCUAACACAUCUCCUGUGUUAUAUUAAAGGCAACCUAGAGGAACUUUGUAGGCUAGAGAUGGGCACUGACUUUCUUUUCUUCCGGCAGGGCAAAGUGGAUGCAGCUGUCUAAUGCUCAUUCACAUACCCAGAGCCAAAUAAACUUUGUA